GUUCGAAACACUUGAAGCCUGUCCCGAUCAUCAUCGGCCCAACAUGGGGCGUUUUCACCCCGUCUACCUCGGCCGCUCGGAUGGUAUGCUGGAGACAGCUACCAAGCAUGGCGCGAGAAUCACCAAGGAACCGAACAAACCCACUCCGAAACAGCUCGACGACAAGCCCAAGGCCGAUGGCGUCAAGGACUACUACCGCGAAGUCGCCAUCGACGAGUCCAAGCACAUGGACUGGAGAAGAAAGCUUGCUGCCAUGCUCGCGCGCGACAUUGGCCUAGAUCAGGAGAAGGGUUACAUCCUCGCACACUUCCCCGAGAACUACCGACUGUUCGAGCACGUCAAGACGGCAAAGAAAGGAGAAGGAGAGCCAAAAACAAAGACACAUGCAGGUGGUGGCAACGAACGUCAAGAUGCCUACCUCUACGGCCAUCCCCUCGGUCGCAAGAAGCGCUUUAGGAGUCCUGGCGACUUCUACCCGCAUCUCCUAUGGCUAGCAACCGACACUGAGGGCGACUCGGACAAUUGUACCUGCAAGAUUUGCUGCCCUGAAGAGCUCGAUGCUUCCGUCAAGGAGAGAGACCCGAAUACCCAGCCCGCCCUUGCUCGUCGCCCGAGUACGCAAACCUCGCAAAGCAGGCCGUCGAACACACCUACACCCGCUCCGAGCACUUCAGCUCCUGCUACUCUUCCCGCUCGCCUUGCUGCUUCCGCUCAGCAGCCUGCCUCACCAGCUCCUGCCGCUCAAUCCGCUGCCCGCACACCUGCGAAGCCCAUGGACUAUGACAUUGAUCGCCAGUACGGAAUCUUCCUCUUCCGUCAGGGCGAAAUGGUCUGGUUUGAUCGAAUGGGCGCAUGGGGCCUGGGUGUCAUCACCGAAAGGUGGAAGGUUGGCAACAACUCCAAUUACAGAGUCCAGCCUCUCUCAUACCCCGACCACUACACACAAUCGGUUGUCAUCACAAAAGACGUCGACCUCCGUCCCUGGUUGGCAUGGACCGUCCCUCCCUAUACUCAUGAAAGACUCAACACAAUCUCGCACGCGCUGCAUUACAAUACCUUCGAUUUUGAAAGCAUGGCUCAAGGAAAGUUCGGUCAGGGCACUACCGAGAUCGAUGCUAGUAUCAUGGCCGCGAAGGCCAUAGACGCCGCCUACACUCCCUUCGGCCCCGAGUCUCGUCAAGACCUUCCGUCGUACACCGAGAUUCGCUGGAGUGGCAUGUAUCUAGGAGCUGAGAAGAUAUGGUUGAACGAGCCAGUUCGUCUUGUCGCACCUCCCGGUCAAGCUGCCACUCGGGUUCUCGUCGUGAGAGCAAUUGUUGAACGCUCUCACAAGGCUACACCACAAACACCGCAACCAUACUCUUCAGUUUCCAUUAUUGGAGAUGUCUUUGUUAUGCUGCCUCACGAACCUACCACCAUGAGCCAGGCUCCUAACGGCAUAGUCGCUGGCUCUGACACAGCGAACGUCCCAUCCCGCAUGCUAGAAGAUAUACGUCGCCGCAACAUCUUCACCAUCCAAGCCAGAGGAAGCGCUCACGUCUGGAGACUCACAGAACGGAACAAGGUAGUUGACAUGAAGGACAUCCGAGGCAGAUGGUAUGAAUCCACCCUCUUCCUUCCCAUUCUUCUACCGGGCCAAGCAGCCGAAUACGACCAAAAGGCCAGAGAAGGCGUGAUCAAAGAAGUCUUAGGCAUGAUGAACGGUCACGGUGACUGCAACACGAAAGACGGCACACGUCUGAUCCCAGACACACGGGCGUCAAAACGCGAACAGGCGUUUGGAAAAGCCGUGCCGCAACGCACAGUCAUUGUCGAAGGUGUCAAGCAGCCACAGCAACAACAGAUGCCGCCACAGCAGCAGCAACCGUCACGCAUGGUCACCAACAAUGGUGCUGUGGGAUCAGGCUAUCAGUCUCAUGGCGGUCAUCAAAGUCAUGCGAGUGUUGCAGCUGCAAGCAACACCGCUUCUGCUUCUGCCCCUCCUCAGCAGAUGUCAGAGAACCCAUCAACCGGGUUCGAAGAGUUUAUGGACUUGGACGGUCUCGGUGGUGGCGACAUUAUGGGUGGUUUUGACCAAUCCUAUGUUUGAUCUUCCAAGUAUUGCAUGUUUCUACCCGAUGGCGUUUUUCUUUUGUCCCUUGCUGCUAGGGGUGUGAAAUGGGCGCAUGGCUUGCUUCUUCUUUCAUGGCUUCGUUCAAACAUCAUGUACUUUUUGUCUGAUAUCUUGAUAUUGGCGUUUCUGUGAUAGCAUUGCUUUCUUUGGCAUGCACGGGAGCGGUGUAGGUGGUUUGUAGUUUUCGCAUUUUCUUCUUUCAGCCGCUACAGUUUGUGGUUCAUGGCGUUUUGACCAAUCGAGAUGGCUUUUCCCAUGGCUUUCGCUUGACCGGUUUCUACUGUUUCUCUCUCAUUGACCGGUCAUUGAAUGUACGUAGCUGGCUGUUCUAAUUGUCGCAAAAGAUACCAACAUCGAGAAUGCAGGUAACCUUUUUUCUGCUCGGC